CCGAAUCAUCUGUCCUGCCCGGACUGCUGGAAGCGGCCGCAACGCCAUGUUGGCGAAGUCUCUCAUCUCUGUGAGAAAAAAAAUGAUAGAAAACAUACGCGCCGAGAAGAAAAGGUAGAUCGCCGAGAGGGGAUUGAAGAUCGCGGCGAAUUAUUGAUCUUCGGAGGAAACGAAACCGAGCCGGAUCCGCUGAGGUUCCGGACGGACGAGGGAGGCUAAACCUCCCACCGUCCCCAUGAAUAGCACCCCUGAUCCGAACAGCGACUUUCCAUGAAAAAAAGACGUUUGUGUUGCUAUUCGAGCGUCGUUAUCCCGGUUCGUUAAAGGGAUUUGGGGCCUGCUUCAAGAAUCUGCUACGCUUGCUCCAUGCCUCCAAGCUAGGCGUCGUUUGUAUCGGUAUUUAUUAAGGUAUAGUUUUUAUUUGUUGUUGUUGUUUUUUUUUUUGCGAUGAGUUUGCCACCGAAAGUGGUGCCCAAACCCGCCGCUGUCGCAGUUAGCGGACCUGGAAGUGGCCCCUCUCCGUCGAGCCAACUGCGGGCUACCCUGACCUCCGUGUCUCUACCGCCGGGAGCCCCAACAGCUCCUCAGCCCGGCGCUGUGCCGCCGCCUCAAAUCCCGCGGGUUCAGCCAACGCUGGACGACCGGAUGUUCCCUGCUUCAGUGUACAGCAGCGCCACAGACAUUGCCGUUUUUUUGAGGCAGAGCGGCCAACUGAAGUUCAGUGCAGGAGAAACGCACCAGUUUCCUCCUAAGAACAUUUUAACCUUUAUGAAGGUACCGAGGCAUGCUGGCCCUCCGUACACUGCUCACGACCUCUCAAAGGGACACCCGAACCUGGCGGGCACCCCACCCGGCCAUGCCCACUCCCCAGCGCUCUCUCAGGUAUCACUACCCACAGCUUCCCCGUAUCGCUACCCAAAGGGCUGGGAGGCAGGCGGAGGGUCUCCAUACAACCCCGGACAAAACGCUGCUUCCGCGCCGCUCGUGUAUUCUCCCCAGACGCAGCCAAUGAAUGCACAGCCACAAAGCCGCCCGUUUGCCACGGGCCCUCGACCAACCCACCAUCAGGGAGGAUUCAGGCCCAUCCAGUUUUUCCAGAGGACUCAGAUGCAGACUGCGAGGCCCACCAUGGCCACCAACACGCCCUCCCUACGGCCCGGCUCCCAGACCCCCACAGCGGCCGUCUACCCCACCAACCAACCAAUCAUGAUGGCCAUGGCCCCCAUGCCUUUCCCCUCCCCGCAGGCUGCACAGUACUACAUCCCACAGUAUCGCCACAGUACGCCCUACGUGGGGCCUCCUCAGCAGUAUUCUGUACAGCCUCCAGGGACCGGCACCUUCUAUCCCGGUCCAGGUCCGGGGGAAUACCCUGCCCCAUAUCAUCCCCUCAGGUACCACCCGCCUGUCUCUCCCUCGGUUCCUGCUCCCGUCCCCACAGCUGGUCCGUCCUACUACCAAGGACACACCGUGUACCCCCCCUCGCCCCCCAUCAUAGUGCCUACACCACAGCAACCUCCACCAGCCAAGCGCGAGAAGAAAACAUCCUCCCAGAUCCGUAUCCGUGACCCCAAUCAGGGUGGCAGGGACAUCACAGAGGAGAUCAUGGCGGGGGGUUCAGGGAGCAGGAAUUCAACGCCUCCUGUCGGCCGCCCCUCCUCUACCCCUACGCCACCGCAGUUUUUAUGGCCGCACCCUCAUUAUCCUCACAUUUUCUACCUCAAAACGCAGCAGCAGCCGAGCAGCAGCCAGACUCCAGAGCAGCAGCCGCCGCAGCAGCCGCAGCAACAACAGCCUCCGCAGCAGCUACAGCCGCCGCCACACCUGCAGCCGCUGCCCCCUUUGCCACAGCAGGCCCAUGUUGGAGGUUACCCGCUGGAGCCUGCGCUACCCCAACAGCCACAGCAGCCAGCGACCAGCGGGGCUUCAGACACCAAGCCGGGGCCAGAUGGUACGCCAAAACUGGAGCCACUUGUCCAGAAGUCUUCCUUGCCGGCGCUCGUGCAGCCCGAAGCUCCAGUAGAGAGACUUGAGGCCAAAGCUCCCGUCGCUGAGCUCUCCUCCCCUGUUGAACCAGAGCUUCCCUCCCCUGCUUCAAUGCUCGCCCCCGUCACUCUCCCCUCACCGGCGGCCAACCACAGUGAACGUCCGUCCGCCCGGGAGUCGACCGCUUCAGCCUCCCCUCCCUCCUCUGCAGUUGAGGAGCACAAGCCCUCUUUGGCGCCACCUCAGACUCCCAGCACAGACCAGCCUCUUUCAGACGCUCCACCAAGUCCGGCCGCCUCGCCAGCCCCCCCUCCCAAGGCUUUGAACGGCCUCGCCGACUGCGGGACGGAGCUGGACGCCCUGGCUCCCGAGCCUUCUCUUCAGUCUUCAGCUGCACUCCAGCCCCAGGCCUCUGCUCCUGCUCCCCUGGAGGCCGCCUCCUCUGAAGCUUUGGCCUCUGACGUGAGGCCAGAGUCGCCCGUCGCUGCUGCGCUCGCCCCCAAUGCGCCCGUGGCCGUGGUGCCAGUCACCCUGACCUCGAGCGCCGCCGCAGCUUCGCCAGCUGCGCUCCCCCUUGGCCUCCCGCCUCUAGUGCAGGCCACGACGCAGGUGGACGAGCCGAGCAAGUCCUCAGACACUAAGGACCUCGUCCCCAUAGUGGGGACCGAGGCGGGUGGAGGCAUUACUGACAGCAGAGCUGAGUCCCAGCAACAAGCCCUCACCAGGAAGAGUCCCACUACAGUUAAUCAGACUGCUUCUGUGACACCAAAGAGCUGGAGGAAACCAAAUGAAGGGAUCUCUGCAGGAGACACGCCUCAAAAGGAUGACGAGGACGAGCCCGGCCCGGUGGAGCAGCCUGCUGGAGACCGGGACCUGCAGUCGGCUACUGCGAGCAGCCCGGGGCCCCUUCCGUCAGUCCUCUCCUCCCCGCCGGCUCCCGCCAGCAGCCCCGAGGGUGACGGAGAGCCCGCCGCUGUCCCGGAGGAGAACGGCGAGGCCGAUGUGGAGCCCAUGAGGAACGGGGCCGGUCACACGUCGGAGACGGAGAGCAGCGACAGCGGAGUCACUCCCGGAGAGAAGGAGAACUCCACGGAGGCCCCGCAGGACAUGGAAGACCUGGCCGAUCCCAGUGGGAAGCGCCAGUACAACAGGGACUUCCUGUUGGGCUUCCAGUUCAUGCCCGCCUGCGUGCAGAAGCCUGAGGGUCUCCCGCCCAUCAGCGAUGUGGUGCUGGACAAGAUUAACCAGAACAAGUUGCCGCCUCGAGUGGUGGACACCAGGGCCAUUUCCAGGGGCCCUGAUUUCACACCUGCUUUCGCAGAUUUUGGCCGGCAGAUGACCGGAGGACGAGGCGCCACAAUGAUGAACAUGGGAACUCGCCGGCCUCCACCCAGGAAGAUCAUCAUGAACGUGUCUGUUAAUGAAAUUCAGCUGAAAAAAUCGGAGAAUGCCUGGAAACCCGGCAUGAAGAGGCCGGAGGUCCAGGCCGAUGAUCCUGAGGUGCAAAACACACAGGAGCUGUUCAAGAAGGUGCGCAGCAUCCUGAACAAGCUGACUCCUCAAAAGUUCAACCAGCUGAUGAAGCAGGUGACGGACCUGACCAUCGACACCGAGGAGAGGCUCAAAGGGGUCAUCGACCUGGUCUUUGAGAAGGCCAUCGACGAGCCCAGCUUCUCCGUGGCCUACGGCAACAUGUGCCGCUGCCUCGCCACGCUCAAGGUGCCCAUGACGGAUAAACCCAACACCACAGUGAACUUUCGCAAGCUGCUGCUAAACCGCUGCCAGAAGGAGUUUGAGAAAGACAAGGUGGACGACGUUGUGUUCGAGAGGAAGCAGAAAGAGCUGGACUCUGCUGCAUCGACGACGGAGCGCGAGCGGCUCCAGGAAGAGCUGGAGGAAGCCAAGGACAAGGCGCGGCGGCGUUCCAUCGGCAACAUCCGGUUCAUCGGCGAGCUCUUCAAGCUCAAGAUGCUGACUGAGGCCAUCAUGCACGACUGUGUCGUCAAGCUGCUCAAGAACCACGACGAGGAGUCUUUGGAGUGCCUGUGCAGGCUGCUCACCACCAUCGGCAAGGACCUGGACUUUGAGAAGGCCAAGCCCCGGAUGGAUCAGUAUUUCCAUCAGAUGGAAAAAAUAGUCAAGGAGAGGAAGGUGUCCUCUCGUAUACGCUUCAUGUUGCAGGACAUUAUGGACCUCAGAUUGCACAACUGGGUGUCCAGGAGAGCCGACCAGGGCCCGAAAACCAUCGAGCAGAUCCACAAGGAGGCAAAGAUCGAAGAGCAGGAGGAGCAGAGAAAAGUGCAGCAGCAACUUCUCUCCAAGGACAGCAAGAGACGGCCAGAUCCCAGAGAUCAGCGGGAGCAGAGGGAGCAGCGCGUGCAGAGAGAAGAGACCUGGAACACUGUACCAGUGACGAAGAACAGCAGGACCAUCGACCCCACCAAGAUCCCAAAGAUCUCCAAGCCUCAAAUGGAUGAGAAGAUCCAGCUGGGCCCCCGCGCUCAAGUCACGUGGGGGAAGGGCAGCAGUGGAGGAGCCAAGGCCAGUGACUCAGAACUAUCACGGACAGCCGGCCUCAAUCGGUACUCUGCGCUGCAGUCGACGCCUCCUCCCCCGCCCUCCACGCCUCCCCCGCACAACCCAGACAUUGACUCCAGGAGAACUCUGGCCAGCGUUAACAGCGCGGCCAGGGAACGCGGCGAGAAGCCGGUGACCUUUGCCCCGCCGUCGUCGCGGCCCGGACCGUUCGCCAGGGGCGGCAGUUCGAAGGAGCUGCCGGACAGUCCGACCCCCGAGGAGCCGCAGAGAGACCGGGAGCGAGAGGGGGCCGAGCCCCGGAGACAGAGCGUCACCGAGGACAAGGAGGAGCCGGACAGCAGCGGAGUCCGGGAACCUGUGAAACCGGAGUCAGUGGUUCAGACUCCGGAAAGACCUCCUCUGUCUGUGGAGGAGACCGAGAGGAAGUCCAAGUCCAUCAUUGAUGAGUUCCUGCACAUAAAUGACUCCAAGGAGGCCGUUCAGUGUGUGAGCGAGCUGGACCUGGGCUCUCAGCUGCACGUCUUUGUGCGCGUCGGGGUGGAGUCGACCCUGGAGCGCAGUCAGAUAACACGGGACCACAUGGGCCAGCUCCUCUUCCUGCUGGUGCAGCAGGGCAUCCUGCCCAAACCUCAGUUCUACAAAGGGUUCGCAGACACGCUGGAACUAGCGGACGACAUGGCCAUCGACAUUCCUCACAUCUGGCUGUACCUGGCCGAGCUGCUCGCCCCGGUGCUGAAGGAAGAGGCCUUCUCUAUGAGAGAGCUCUUUAGCGAAUUAGGCAAACCUUUGCUUCCUGUGGGAAGAGCUGGGAUCUUGAUCUCUGAAAUACUGCACAUACUAUGCAAACGAACGAGCCAUAGGACUGUGGCUUCUUUAUGGAGGGAAUCUGCCCUCAGCUGGGACGACUUCCUGCCGGAGGACGAGGACGUUGAGGCUUUCAUCUCAGAACAGAAACUCCAGUUCCUCUCGGACGGUCCUGAGGGGGACGUGUCCAAGAGGAUCUUGUCUCCUGAGGAGCUGAGCCAGCAGCUGGAGAGACUCCUCCUGGAGGACAUGGUCAGCGAUGAGGAGAUCUUUAAAUGGGCAGAGGCAACCGUAGACGAAUCUCAGACGAGCUCGUCUCCCUUCCUGAGGGCCCUGAUGACCGCUGUGUGUAAGGCGGCAGUGAAAGACGAUACCACCAACUGUCGAGUGGACACGGCCAUCAUCCAGAAGAGAUUGCCUGUAUUACUAAAGUACCUUAACUCAGACACUGAGCGACAGCUGCAAGCACUUUAUGCACUUCAGGCGCUGAUCGUCGCCCUGGAUCAGCCUCCGAACCUUCUCCGGAUGUUCUUUGACUGUCUGUACGACGAGGACGUGAUCUCGGAGGACGCUUUCUACAAGUGGGAGACGAGCAAAGACCCCGCCGAGCAGCAGGGGAAGGGGGUGGCCCUCAAGUCCGUCACGGCCUUCUUCACCUGGCUGCGGGAGGCGGAGGAGGAGUCGGAAGACAAUUGACGAGGGAGACGCCCCCCCCGGGGACGCGACGUAGUUGAACUGCAUCCUUACGGCAGAACAAACAAACAUUCAAAAUGGGUGUGUGGGCCGGACGACGUGUUUUUACGGCUGGAAUUUUUUUUCUGCGGUACGGUUCCGAAACAUGCCGCCAUUUUGAGUUUGGAUUUCAACGGCGGAAGCACUAAAUACCUGUAUUAUACAUAGAAAAUAUUUUUGUUUUAAAUUUUAACUUUGGUUUUGUUACUUUUUAAGAAGAGACUUAAAGAUACAUAGGUUCUGGACUCUUUAAUUUAUUAUUUUUUUAAGGACUGCAAAUAUGAAAGUUAUUUAACAUUUGCAGAUGCUCACAAAUGAGAACAACAGAAUUAACAAUAUAAUUAAUUAUAAUAACAAAAUAAUAAUUGUGAAAGAAAUGGCCUCCCUGGAUUCCACACUGUUUGUUUGGUUUAAAACAGGGUAAAACAAAGUUAUUUUGGGAUGAAGGGGAAGCAGACAUAAAAAAGGAGUGGAUGCACAGAACCCAUUAACGUUGUCCGUGUAUGACGUUUUGAGGUCAAAGGUUAUAUCCUGAUAACCACAAGGUGUUUCCCUCGGCCUCGGCUAGCUCUGCGUUGACAUGUACAUACGCCUCGUGAGAGGCCCAGGUAAUGCAUUCGAGAAGCGAUGCGUCAGUCCACAGAACUGUCGAUGAACAAACCGGAUACAUUGAAGUGAAACGAGCAAAAAUUGCAACUUUAAAAAGCAAAUCGCCAGAGUCGCUGAACUUGAAAUGCUUGUAAUACUUCAGACCUACAGAGCAGAUUAAAGCUUGUAAAUACAUUAAAGACAAAAAAGGUAUUUAAAAA